CAUGUGCGACCUUUUAGACCGGAAACAGACAAAAUGCCACUGACAGAAAGUUGCAGUCUCAGAUUGUGGCAUUUCCUGGAUUCGUUUUGGAUGUAUUUUGUGUCAGUUGACAGUUGAAGAGUCAUUCAAACGUAAAGGAAUAAUGUGUAACGUGGAACAGGUAAACAAUCCGGCCUAGUACGCCACUAUGGUUGACAAUUUGUCAUGUUAUUGUGGCAGGGAUACCAUCAACGUCAAAUUUAGUGGAUUUCCCCUGUUCUAUAUAUAGAAGUAGCACCAGCAUUUGGGUUGACGAAUACCCAAAGCAGUCGUCAAACUACGUUAACGAAUGCUCAGUUAACAGCAGUUGUAAUCGGCUUCACAGUUGUUACAGAACAACCCUGUUUCAAUUACCCCCUACGCCACGUACGCCUGAUAUACAUGUGUUUUUCUACCAGCUCUACCCCAGGGGUAGUACCUGCAGGUGUGUUUCUCGACCAGUUCUACCCCAGGGGUAGUACCUGCAGGUGUGUUUCUCGACCAGUUCUACCCUGGGGAUAGAUCCUGCAGGUGCGUGUUUCUCUACCAGUUCUACCCUGGGGAUAGAUCCUGCAGGUGUGUGUUUUUCUACCAGCUCUACCCCGGGGAUAGAUCCUGCAGAGUUGAUGCUGCAGACCCUUGUCUGACAUUCCUGAGCAUGGCAGGUGUGUUUCAUGUAGAGUUUGGCUUCAAUGACACCGACCUAACCCGAAGUCUGGAACAGGGGAACUACGCCAGUGCUGAGAGGCUUAUCUUGGACAAUGUCAAUCCAUCCUACCUUGAUGAAGGUUGUUACCAGCGAAUCCCUCUGUUCAUCUGCCUGUGUGGGAUGGAUGAAGGGGAACAGCGCACUAUGGCCAGAAACCUGUACCUCGCCAAACUCCUCAUUGAGCGGGGAGCCAAUGUCAACUACCGAGUGCCUGUUACUUACUUUGGUUGUGAAUACAUGGGCCCGGGGAAGACUGCCCUGGACCUCAUCAUUGAUUAUUACAACGACUUGGCUCUGCAGAAGCAGCAGUGGAACAUGUGGGAAGAGGAGGACGAUCACAGUUUGCCUGCUGUGGAUGUGGUGGUGGGCCUACAGAAGCACUACCUGACCACAGUUGAUGACAUCCUUGACCACUUGCAGGAUCUCAUCUUCAUCAUACUCAGGAAUGGUGGUGACCCUAACUUGCUGGAUGAGAACCAACUCACACCUCUACACCGCGCAGUCAUCAUGACCUGUGAUGUUCAGCUUAUACGUCUUCUGUGUGACAAUGGCUCCAAUGUAAAUGCUGUAGAUCUCCAUGGCAACACCCCACUUCUGGCCAUGUGUGAUACAAGCCUGUCUCAGAUGUACAUGUCGGCUGAUGAAGACAUCCUGCCCCCAACAGAGGAGGAUGAUGUUCCCAGUACCUGCAACAUCAGCAACUCCCCCAACAGGACAGAAUGCCUCACCUAUCUUUUGUCCAGGGAGGACGUGCAGGUGAAUGCACAGAAUAACCAUGGUCAGACAGCACUGUUCCACUUCUUUGCCAGUGGUGAUAUGACAAGUAGUCUGUCCCUGCUGUCGGAGGGAGCAGACCCCUCAAUACGAGGCACGGUCUGGGAGGCACAUCGCAAGAAGAGAUUGGUUUCGCCGCUGUUCACCAGUUUCCUGUGGUCAGGGGUGACUGGUGCUGUGCCCCGGGAGGUGGCACAUGUAGUGGAUAAAGGUUACUUCUGCAAGCCAGAGAUAGCAGGUGAGCUACAGGAAUACCUAGAGGAAGACUUCCCCCAGUUCAGUCACCUGUACCCCUACUCAGCACGCCUCAUCCCACUGAUGUUUGGGGGCGUGACCUCCACCCUUUCCCAGGCUGCAGCGAGGGUCAUAUUCCAGCAGUGUCUUCUAGCUAAUACAAGAUGUAUACAACGAAUCCUGCCUGUUGCGGCCAUCCAGAACAGCUUUGAUUCCGAGGAGUUGCAGAACUUAGACUUGUAUGGUGACUAUGUGACUAUGGUCCUCAACAGGACGGUUGUGCGUAGCCUGGUACAGCUGUUGGGACUGCCAACAAACUCAUUGCUCAACUUUGAGGUGGAGCUGCUGCUGCAUCAGAUGGCUGUACACUUUGCCAGGUUCAAGCUACGCAGGCCUAACCUAGCCCUAUCUGAUGAAGAUUACACCGACAGUGAUGAUUCCAUUGAUACAGAGGAAGGGGAUUCUGAUCUGGAGUACUGGUAGAUGAACCUUGUGUUCCACAGUGGCCAGUACUGUGGAUCUGGAGUACUGGUAGAUGAACCUUGUGUUCCACAGUGGCCAGUACAGUGGAUCUGGAGUACUGGCAGAUGAACCUUGUGAUCCACAGUGGCCAGUACAGUGGAUCUGGAGUACUGGCAGAUGAACCUUGUGUUCCACAGUGGCCAGUACAGUGGAUCUGGAGUACUGGCAGAUGAACCUUGUGUUCCACAGUGGCCAGUACAGUGGAUCUGGAGUACUGGUAGAUGAUCCUUGUGUUCCACAGUGGCCAGUACAGUGGAUCUGGAGUACUGGUAGAUUAACCUUGUAUUCUGCAGUACAGUAGAUCUGGAGUACUGGUAGAUUAACCUUGUGUUCUGCAGUACAGUAGAUUUGGAGUACUGGUAGAUUAACCUUGUGUUCUUCAGUACAGUAGAUCUGGUGUACUGGGAGAAUUACGUUGUGUUCUGCAGAACAGCAGAUCUGGAGUACUGGUAGAUUAACCUUGUAUUCUGCAGUACAGUAGAUCUGGAGUACUGGUAGAUUAACCUUGUGUUCUGCAGUACAGUAGAUCUGGAGUACUGGUAGAUUAACCUUGUGUUCUGCAGUACAGUAGAUCUGGUGUACUGGGAGAAUUACGUUGUGUUCUGCAGAACAGCAGAUCUGGAGUACUGGUAGAUUAACCUUGUGUUCUGCAGUACUGUAGAUCUGGAGUACUGGAAGAUUAACCUUGUGUUCUGCAGUACUGUAGAUCUGGAGUACUGGUAGAUUAACCUUGUGUUCUGCAGUACAGCAGAUCUAGAGUACUGGUAGAUUAACCUUGUAUUCUGCAGUACAGUAGAUCUGGAGUACUGGUAGAUUAACCUUGUGUUCUGCAGUACAGUAGAUCUGGAGUACUGGUAGAUUAACCUUGUGUUCUGCAGUACAGUAGAUCUGGUGUACUGGGAGAAUUAGGUUGUGUUCUGCAGAACAGCAGAUCUGGAGUACUGGUAGAUUAACCUUGUGUUCUGCAGUACUGUAGAUCUGGAGUACUGGAAGAUUAACCUUGUGUUCUGCAGUACUGUAGAUCUGGAGUACUGGUAGAUUAACCUUGUGUUCUGCAGUACAGCAGAUCUAGAGUACUGGUAGAUUAACCUUGUGUUCCGCAGUUGGGUACAAAAUUUCUGAAUGGAAAUUGUUUUUCUGCAGUCUUGUCAAAAACUAUUUUGAUACAUGUAUACAGCGAUCUCAUGCAUGCACUGAAGUUGAGUGAAGCUUUAUCUUUACUCAUAUACAAGUUAGAAGGAAAAGAAAGAAAUGUGAACGACUUUUUUUGUAACCAUGAAGUUUUAUUGUUAUUGUCAUUAAACAAUGUAUAUAUUGGGUCAGGGUCAGGAUAGUCCUGUGGGUACCCGGGUCCUACUUGGGACCCACCCGGACCGAGUACCCUGACCGAGUUACCCAUCCAAACCCUAAAUGCUAGAUUUGCCUUGUGUUCUGCUGUACUGCCGGUCUUGAGUACUGGUAGACCAUGCUCUUCAGUCAACACUAUGUAUCUGGAUCAGGAGGGUCAUCAUUGAGAAGGUUGUCAUUGUGAUGUCAUGCUCUUCAGUCAACUCUAUGUAUCUGGAUCAGGCCGGUCAUCAUUGAGAAGGUUGUCAUUGUGAUGUCAUGCUCUUCAGUCUACUCUAUGUAUCUGGAUCAGGCCGGUCAUAAUUGAGAAGGUUGUCAUUGUGAUGUCAUGCUCUUCAGUCUACUCUAUGUAUCUGGAUCAGGAGGGUCAUCAUUGUGAAGGUUGUCAUUGUGAUGUCAUGCUCUUCAGUCUACUCUAUGUAUCUGGAUCAGGCCAGUCAUCAUUGAGAAGGUUGUCAUUGGGAUGUCAUGCUCUUCAGUCUACUCUAUGUAUCUGGAUCAGGCUGGUCAUCAUUGAGAAGGUUGUCAUUGUGAUGUCAUGCUCUUCAGUCAGCUCUAUGUAUCGGGAUCAGGCCAAUCAUCAUUGAGAAGGUUGUCAUUGUGAUGUCAUGCUCUUCAGUCUACUCUAUGUAUCUGGAUCAGGCCGGUCAUCAUUGAGAAGGUUGUCAUUGUGAUGUCAUGCUCUUCAGUCAACUCUAUGUAUCUGGAUCAGGCCGGUCAUCAUUGAGAAGGUUGUCAUUGUGAUGUCAUGCUCUUCAGUCAGCUCUAUGUAUCUGGAUCAGGCCGGUCAUCAUUGUGAAGUUUGCCAUUGUGAUGUCAUGCUCUUCAGUCUACUCUAUGUAUCUGGAUCAGGCCAGUCAUCAUUGAGAAGGUUGUCAUUGUGAUGUCAUGCUCUUCAGUCUACUCUAUGUAUCUGGAUCAGGCCAAUCAUCAUUGAGAAGGUUGUCAUUGUGAUGUCAUGCUCUUCAGUCUACUCUAUGUAUCUGGAUCAGGCCGGUCAUCAUUGAGAAGGUUGUCAUUGUGAUGUCAUGCUCUUCAGUCUACUCUAUGUAUCUGGAUCAGGAGGGUCAUCAUUGUGAAGGUUGUCAUUGUGAUGUCAUGCUCUUCAGUCUACUCUAUGUAUCUGGAUCAGGAGGGUCAUCAUUGAGAAGGUUGUCAUUGGGAUGUCAUGCUCUUCAGUCAACUCUAUGUAUCUGGAUCAGGCCGGUCAUCAUUGAGAAGGUUGUCAUUGUGAUGUCUUGCUCUUCAGUCAACUCUAUGUAUCUGGAUCAGGAGGGUCAUCAUUGAGAAGGUUGUCAUUGUGAUGUCAUGCUCUUCAGUCAACUCUAUGUAUCUGGAUCAGGCCGGUCAUCAUUGAAAAGGUUGUCAUUGUGAUGUCUUGCUCUUCAGUCAACUCUAUGUAUCUUGAUCAGGAGGGUCAUCAUUGAGAAGGUUGUCAUUGUGAUGUUAUGCUCUUCACUCAACUUUAUGUACCUAGGUCGGGGUGAUCUUCUGGAAAGGUGAUUGUUGAUAUGUUCUAUUUCUGUGUUUUACUGCAUCUGUUUAUGUGUGUCAUAUGUGGUUGGUUAUUCUGUGGCAUCUUAUAUUUCCUGUUUUUCCACAAUGAAUGUGAGCACAUGAGUGUAGUGCAUGCCACGUUGUUUACAAGUGGGUCAUACCGAGAUGUUCUGGUAUAGUUGGUUGUUUUUUCUAUAUUGGACCAUACUGUUAAAGUUCCAAACUUACAUCAUUGUUCCUGUUUUCUUGGAUUUGUUGAAGGGAUGAACAGUGUCCUGACACAUGUUUACUAGGUGUCACAAUUCAUCACCAUACACCCAGUACUUGAGGCUAUCCUACAGUUCAUCCCAGUAUUGAUACACCCAGUACUUGAGGCCAUAUUAUGAUUUAGUCCAGUAUCCAUAAGGCCAUUCUCUGAUUCACCCUAGUAUCAAUACACCCUGUUCGUAAUGCCAUGCUACGAUUCACCCCAGUAUCAGUACACACUGUUCGUAAUGCCAUGCUACGAUUCACCCCAGUAUCCAUACACCCUGUUCGUAAUGCCAUGCUACGAUUCACCCCAGUAUCAAUACACACUGUUUGUAAUGCCAUGCUACAAUUCACCCCAGUAUCAAUACACCCUGUUCGUAAUGCCAUGCUACGAUUCACCCCAGUAUCCAUACACCCUGUUCGUGAGCCUAUUAUGUCACACUUGAUAUUUCAAAGACAUUUGUAAGAUUUGGUGCAUAUGGAAGUGUAAUGAGAUGUGGCACACUAAGUUUUUUUCAGGGUAUCAGUAGGUUCAUUUAGAUUUCUAUUCUUGUAUCAAUAUGAAAAGUUUGAACAAGAGUAUCAGUAUUUCUAGAAUUGACCUGAUAUUUGAAAUAUGAGUACCGGUAACUAUGUUGCAAUGUUGAGGCAUGUAUUAUGUUGUAAACUGCAUAUUUUGAUAUGUAUGAUAUCGAGGUACAACUGAUUUUUAUACACUUCAUACACAGUAAUAUUAUAUGUACUGUCCCCCAGUGUUUCAGUAUUGUGACAUUUAAGUGUAGAUUGUUGUUGAUAGGCUAUAUGUUUGAUGAGGGACAGGAAGAUGUACUGUUCACAGACUAAUGUAUACAUUCAUAUGAAGGUGUUAUAUCAUAGGGAGCCUAUGCCCUGGUCUGCUGUCAUUGUUACUACCACGUACACCUGUAUGUUACAUAUCAGCCUCAGUAUAACAUGGUAUAACUGGGUGGUUAGUGUAGACAAUCACAGUUGGCCUUAUGGGGAAACACAAGAAAUAGAAGUUUGCAUUCAUAGAGGUACAUGAAUGUGUGAUAGUGGUAACAUUUGUCAUCCACGUUUGGUAAGAAGUAAACAGAAUUUUAUUGAAUAUAACAUAUGUAUGUGAACAUUUAUAUACUAUAUUCCAGAUUAGUUAAUUACCCCACUUAUAGGUUGUAGUCAGUUAGUUCCAUUGCUUGUGUCCCCUUGAAGCAUUGAUCACAACUUACACCCAACACCACAAUACAUGACACUACAAUACACGACACCACAAUACAUGACACUACAAUACAUGACACCCCAACAUAUAGAUGUCACUUGCACAUGACAUGAUACACCCAACACCACAAUACAUGACACUACAAUACACGACAUCACAAUACAUGACACUACAAUACACGGCACCACAAUACAUGACACUACAAUACACAACACCGUAAUACAUGACACUACAAUACACGGCACCACAAUACAUGACACUACAAUACUUGGCACCACAAUACAUGACACUACAAUACACGACACCACAAUACAUGACACUACAAUACACAACACCACAAUACAUGACACUACAAUACACAACACCACAAUACAUGACACUACAAUACACGGCACCACAAUACAUGACACUACAAUACACGACAACACAAACACUUCAAUAGACGACACUACAAUAUGCACAUGACCUCACAAUAACACCCAGAACACAGUGCCAAAUGAUGCUUGUUUCCACAAGAUUAAGGUUUGCAUAUAGUUUUCAGGCCUGUUGCUGACUAAACAUUUGAGGGAGAAUUAAAUUGAUGUGUUUGAUCUGAGGUUUUUACUUAAAUAUACAUUCCCUUGAUUCUGAAAUUACUGUGUGCUCUUGGUGUGGAUUAGUUAGCCAGUGAUGAAUCUUUUCUUCAAUCUGAGCCUACCUGUUGUGUAUAUAUAGUGUAUGCUUGCUGGAAUGACUACAUUGCAUAAUUGUCUUAUGAUUGUUAAUGUGUGAUUAUUUUAUUAUUUAUUCUUUUGUAUGUACAUGAUGUAUGCAGGCUAUUUACACUCUACAACUGAAUAAAACAAAAUGGUUCUUUUGA